AUGGCCUACCUUUACUUUCAGUCCGGAGAGCUGCUGGCUGCUGAGGCCACCUUUCGCGAUGCUUUAGACAUUUACCGUGCGGUUUGGUCCUCUGACGCAGAUAGAGACUCUUGCAUGGCUCAAUUGACCGAUUGCCUCUGCAACAUUGGAAGCAUCGAGAACAAGCGCAAAAGCUCCAACGGAGGUGUCAUGGGAAGCGAUCAUCCUCGGGUCAUUGCCACCCUCGACAACCUUGCCUUUAGCUAUUCCAAAAACAGGGACUACACCGCAGCGCUCAGUUGCUACAAGGAAAUGCAGGCGGCACAAGUGUCCCACUACAAUAUCUUCUCGGAGGCAUGCUGUGAGACGCUUCGCAAGCAAAACCUGAUGUACGAGAAGUUGAAGAACCUGAAUGGUGCAAUGGAGACCACCCAGGAGGCGCUUCUCUUGCAAAAGACCAUGCUUCCUCCGGAUAGCCCAGUUGUUAUCCAAACCAAAGAAAUGCUGGAGUCAAUACAAAAGAAGAUGGGAAGGCAAAGCAGUUCCCGGAAUCUUCGCCACAUUUAGCUUGUGAUUGCUUUCGGAUAGGUCGUAGUGGCCUCACCUCUAGAAGUCUAUCCUG